AUGGGUAUUUUCGAUUUGCAAAUGUUUGAUGAAGUUCGUCGAAUGAAUAUUCGUCAAUUAUAUUAUCAGGGUCUUAAUUUUGCUAUGAUAGUGUCGUCAGCAUUAAUGAUAUGGAAGGGAUUAAUGGUUUUAACCGGGUCCGAAAGUCCAAUUGUUGUUGUCUUGUCUGGCUCCAUGGAACCUGCGUUUUAUAGGGGUGAUUUAUUAAUGUUAACGAAUGAUCGUAACGACCCGAUUCGAGCUGGUGAUAUAACUGUAUUCAAAAUUGAAGGUCGUGAAAUCCCAAUUGUGCAUCGUGUUAUAAAAGUACACGAAAAGUCAAUUGAGGAAACGAAGUUCCUCACGAAAGGUGAUAAUAAUCAGGUUGAUGAUCGUGGAUUAUAUGCAUCUGGGCAAUUUUGGUUAACUCGGAAGGAUGUUGUUGGACGAGCAAAAGGUUUUCUUCCAUACGUUGGUAUGGUCACAAUCCUUAUGAAUGAUUAUCCAAAAUUGAAAUAUGCUGUACUUGGCUCUCUUGGUAUUUUUGUUUUGUUACAUAGAGAAUAA